AUGGACACGCUUCCCGGAGACCUCCUUUACUCCAUUCUGCGCCGCGCAGAGCCAACAGGGCCUCAUGUCUGGGACAUCAGUGAAGAAAGGUUUCCCAACUUGAAUGUGAACAGUGAAUCCAACACCAAAAGCACCAAGCAGUUCCCAAUCGCCGUUCGAUAUACUUGCACUCAGGGGCACUUCUACUCAGCUGAAAGCACGUAUUACAUCGAUAGAGCGAGAGCAGUUGCAGCAGAACCAGUGAUGGCAGUGGAGGGAAGGGACGUCGACGAGGGGAGGGAGGAGGGGACACUGCAAAGCAUGGAGAAUGGGGAUCACGACGAGGAAGGCAUCAGUUACCAUGCCAACCAUGGCCAGAUUACAACUGCAACAUCAAACACGGAAGUGCCUUCAGCUGCAAGCAGUCAUGCGCCCGCUGCUGCUCCUCAUGCCGACCCUCUUCCUGCUCCUUGUGCCGACCCUCUUGGUGCUCCUCAUGCCAACUUUCUUACUGCUCCUCAUGCAGACCCUCUUGCUGCUCCUCCUGCCGACCCUCUCACUGCUCCUCAUGCAGACCCUCUUGCUGCUCCUCCUGCCGACCCUCUCACUGCUCCUCAUGCCGACCCUCUUGCUGCUCCUCCUGCUGCCACUACAACCAUUCGUGCCACGGCUGCUACAGCUGUUCGGGCUACAUCCGUUGUGGGUCCUCAUGCGGCGGCCUCUCAUGCCCAUCACGUUGCUGCACCAACUGUCCGGCAUGAUGCCGCCUCUUCAGGUAACCACCAUCCCCAAUGGAGGGGUAAGGAGGGGAGGUUGGCAGGGUCGGGAGAUGCGGGGGGAGGUUAG